ACCAUAUGGAUGGAGGCCUUACAUUUCCUCUGCACCCUCAAAUAGGAAUAAGUGAGGAGUUAAACUUUGUUGGCCCUAUUAAUCAGCUGUGAGCUGCCUGCACAAGGAAGUAGUUACAAGUCCCAGGCAGGAAAGGGGAAGUAGAGUGGAUCAGAGAGAAAUAAGUUUUCUUUAGUUGGUUCAGAGCUUUGUCAGAGUUCGUGUUGACUGCUCAGAGUCCAUGAACUGAGGCUCCUGUUUCAAACCCCACCUAUCUUCUCUAUUUUACUGGACAUCAGAAGUUCCGGGCGGCAUGGCGUACCAUAGUUUUCUGCUGGAGCCCAUCACUUGCCAUGCCUGGAACAAGGACAGAAGCCAGAUCGCUUUGUGCCCGAACAAUCAUGAUGUCCACAUUUACAAGAAGGACGGAGCCAAGUGGACAAAGGUUCAGGAGCUGAAGGAACAUAAUGGCCAGGUGACGGGUAUCGACUGGGCCCCGGACAGUAACCGCAUCGUCACUUGUGGCACUGACCGCAAUGCUUACGUCUGGACCCUGAAAGGAGCCCAGUGGAAACCUACGCUGGUCAUUCUGAGGAUAAACCGCGCGGCUCGCUGCGUGAAAUGGUCCCCCAAAGAGAACAAGUUUGCCGUGGGAAGCGGAUCCCGCCUCAUCUCGAUUUGCUACUUCGAGCAAGAAAACGACUGGUGGGUUUGCAAGCACAUCAAAAAACCGAUUCGCUCCACAGUCCUUAGUUUGGAUUGGCAUCCCAACAACGUAUUGCUGGCAGCUGGAUCUUGUGACUUCAAAUGCAGAAUUUUCUCUGCCUACAUCAAAGAGGUUGAGGAGAAGCCUGGCCCUACGUCCUGGGGUUCCAAGAUGCCCUUUGGAGAGAUGCUGUUCGAGUCGAGCAGCACCACUGGCUGGGUCCACAGCGUUUCCUUCUCUGGCAGCGGGAAUCGCGUGGCCUGGACAGCUCACGAUAGCAUGAUAGCUGUGGCCGACGGCGAGAAGACCGCUACUAUCAGCAGCUUCGUCUCAGAUUCCCUGCCUCUCCUGUGUGUGACAUUCAUCACCGAGAACAGCCUGGUGGCAGCGGGCCACGACUGCUACCCGGCGCUCUUUGUCUACGACGCGGGCAAAGGCUCGAUCGCUUUCGGCGGGAAGCUGGACGUGCCCAAGCAGAGCGCCCAGCGAGGGGUGAGCGCCAGGGAACGCUUCCAGAACAUGGACAAGAAGGCCACGUCGGAGCGAGAGGAGGCCACGCUGGACACUCUGCAUAAGAACAGCAUCAGCCAAGUUUCUAUCCUGGAGGGUGGGAAAAGCAAGUGCACUAAAUUCUGUACCACUGGAAUGGACGGGGGGAUGGCUAUUUGGGAGAUCAAGACCCUGGAAUCUGCUUUGAAAAAUUUGAAGAUAGCUUAACUCUGGAAUAACUGAUGCACCAAUACAAAGUGAAAGGAACCCCCAAAUGUGUGCCCAGACAUAAGCAUCAAAGGUGCAUUUUACAAUAAUCAUUCAGUUCUGAAACCAAUAGACAGUUUCUUCGCAACUGUGCAUUAAACAUUACAAGAAGGAUUUGAAGGAGAUGUAAUGAUAUGAGGAAAUGUUGUGAAACAUGCAUUUCCGUGCAUUUUAUGCUUUUGCAAAAUAAACGGCUUCAGCUGUGGUCUCCUGUGUGCCACCCGUCUGAAA